CCGCCCCCAGCGCCCGCCCCGCCCCAGCUGCCCGGCCCUACCCCGGUGUCAGCCCCCCUUCCCCGCUCCCUCCGCGGCGUCAUGUGGGUCUCGCCUCGCUCUGUGCUGCUCCUGCUGCUCAUGGGGGUCCUGCGCCAUGGCGGAGCCUCAGGUCUUCUUGAGCUCUCCUUGGGAAAAUUCAGAAAUGUGCUACUUAACCAGACCAAUCCUGUGGAGGCUGUAAUCAGGAACAUUGCCAGUAAUGUGACUGUGGUUAUUUUUCAAGUGCAUGCCCAGCAGAGUGAUGUGGUGAUAUCCUUUGAUAAGACCCCGUCAGUGAACAGCUCGGGAAUUGGGGUGGACAAAGGGCUGGUGUCCAUCCUUCGGCCUGAGCAGACCGUGUGUACGUGGUACCUGCGUGCCCUGGCUGCUGGCCAGGUGCUCAGCACCGCCAUCUCCAUUCCCUACAUGGAGAAAGAUCCUAUUCCUGGGGGCUGCAACCUAGAAUUUGACUUGGAAGUGGAUCCAAAUAUUUACUUGGACUACACAUUGGUUGAUAUACACAUCAAGUUUGCCCCUGCAAACUUGGGAUAUACCAGAGGAGCAAACCCCCCCUCCUGUGAUUCAGGGACGGGUCAGAGCUCCCGGUGGCGGCUGCGCUAUGAUGUGUACCAGUACUUCCUGCCCGAGAAUGACCUGUCCGAGAUGGUGCUCAUGAGCCACAUACGGAAAAUGUCUGGGGUGCAGAGUAUCAAAGCCAAUGGCAUUAAGAUGCUUACGCUGACAGCUGAUGACAAGACCAAUGUCUACUUCUCCUCACUUCCUGGGCAAGGUGUGAUCUACAACGUCAUAGUGUGGGAUCCUCUUUGGAACAGUUCUGCUGCAUACGUACCUGUGCAUACAUAUGCCUGCAGUUUUGCUGACCUGGUAGAUAACUGCUCUUCCCUCAGUAAACUCUCUACCAAAGUAUUCUUCACUGCUUUUGCUGUUCUUGGUCUUUUCACCUGCUUUUUUGGACACAGAUUCUGGAAAACAGACUUAUUCUUCAUGGGCUUCAUUGUCACAGCAUUUGUCUUCUUUGUAUUCAUUACCAGAGUAACUGGCCUUAAUUUUGAUGUGCGUCUUAUUUUGACAGCAGUGGCUGGAAUCAUUGGAGGCCUGCUCUUGGUUGUGAGCUGGUGGAGAUUUGGCUCUGUCCUGCUCAGCAUGUUUGUUAUUGGACUUGUGUUGGGAUUUCUCUUCUCCUCAACACUCUUCUUUACUCCCCUAGGAGACUACAGGGUCUUCCGUGAUGAUGUGGUGUUCUGGGUGACCUUUACUUGUGUAGCCUUGAUGAUUCCAGUGCUUUUUGUUGGCUGCCCAAGAAUUCUGAACAUCUUGGCUUCUGGAAUAGUGGGCUCUUACACUGUGGUCCUGGCCAUUGCUUGUUACGUCUACACAAGCCUUGCUUAUAUCACCUUAGACCUGCUCAGAAGGGUCCUCAACAAUUACUUCAGCAGAGCUUACACCAAUGUGCCUUUUCAAAGGAAUGACUUCAUCAUCCUGUCAGUGUGGGCAAUGCUGGCCCUCAGCGGAGUCACUGUGCAGCUCCGCCGGGAGAGGAGUGAGGUGCCCUUCCCACCACAUCCCUAUCUCACCUGGAAGAGGGAAAGAGAGCGUAGAAGCACCAAUGUCUUAGACCCCAGCCAUCAUAUCCCUCCCCUGAGAGAGAGGAUCCACAACAAGCUGCUGCAUAUCAAAGAGUUCUUCCAGAAAGACCAGCCAGCCGGGGAGAGAACGCCACUGCUUCUGUAACUUGCCAAAUAACUGGUGGGAAUGGAGAAGGGGAACUGGGAAUAGUGAGAUGAUUACUAGCAACCAGCCAGUGGUGCAGGAUUUACCACUGCUAAUUUGUCCUGCUGAAUAAGAGAUUGCUGCUUGGCAGAGCAGUUCACUGUCCAGUACACUACAUACUGUUUGUGACUCCUCUGUGGCACACUCUGCCUGCUGCAACCUGCUUGUGUCCAGCUGCAGAAUCCUGUACUCAUAGCCAAUGACAGGCAAUGAUCUUUUGGGGUCUACUUUGCUGUUUGGGUACGUGGAAUAUCAAACAGGCCUUGGAAAGCAACCUGCUGAUUGUUCCUUGCAGGUGGAAAUGUCUGCUGAGGCAGUGCCCAACUUGCUCCCAAGGGUGGGCAGCCUGUCCAGCUGUGAGGGGAGGGACAGGGACUGGACAUACAAGCAGUUCUUCCAGCAGGAACUGAGUAUCUCCUUCUAACAGGUACAAAACAUGUGGCUGCAGACACACUGGUUUCCAAGAAGUGUUACUGAACCUUGCAAGCUGAACUGAGUGACUUGAAUUGAAACUGCACUGAGUUAACUGUUGUACAUGUGCACUGUGGGGCUCGGGAACGGGGACUAAUCUGAGACAAGAAGACUUUUUCCUUUGCUUUUGGGUGAUUUUAUAGCAAGCCAGUCAUCUGGUCUCUGUGCAGAGAUGGCUGCUAAGAGAACACAACAGGCUUGUCUCCCUGUUUGCUUUCUGAACAGCCUGUGUCUUGUUUUUGCUCUGGUAUAGUAUCUUUUUUGAAGGUGCUGUCAUAAAAGAAAAAAAGUAAAUAAGCUCCCUGUAGCCAAUUGCAUUUUUUCCCCUGGAGUUGGCUGAAACACUAAUUAUUUAUUUUUAAUCAUCUUUUAAUUUUGCCUUUAAGGGGUGAAAACAGCAUUCAGCUAGCAAGAUACUGACCAGGAACCUAAGGAAUGUGUUCCUUACCUAUUUGAAUUGCAUCUGCCCAAAGCAGAAUGUAGUAUAAAAACAGAUGAGGGACCAAUCUCAUGUGGUGGCUUUAUGCUCUUCCUCAAAAUAAAAACCCCAAGAGCCAUUUUCAAAAUGUCAGCAGGAGCAAUGUGUUUUUGGCUCUUUCCAAAGAGACCUGAGGGUGUUUUACCUGUGCUUGUCCCUUGUGUCCUGUCCUGGUCUCCAGUGGGGGUCUGUCAUGCACUGCAAGAUGGCUCAAGCCUCACAUGCUGUACCUUGACACAGAGUAUGGUGACUCUUCCUCCUUCUCCCUGUGUCUGAACCUUCAGUGAGGGCACAGUCCUGCCUGUGUGAGGUGAGUGGCUGCUCAGAUGCCUGCAUGGAGCCUCCAUGAAGGGAGCGGAAGCUUAAGCUCUCAGCCACCCUUUUAAAUUCUUGGUAGGAAAUCUGUUAGAAACAGCUCUUUCUGAGGAAACUGGCAUGUUGGAAGUUAAAGCACCCUGGCAUAGACAGGAAUGAAUGACUUUUAAAUGGCUUUUCUCUAAGGAGUGAGAGCUCAAAGACAGUGUCCAAGGUGACCGAAUCCUUCUGAUGUUUAGAGACAAAUCCCAUCCUUGCUUGGAGCUGGACCAUCUGCCUCAAACAGCAAAGCAAGGCUGAAAUCCUGUGGUUUGUCUCUGGUUUCCCUGUUCUGUUGUGUGGCACAUGGAGUAAACAAGGAGCUCUUCCCUGGGUCUCUGCCCAUCCUCCCUGCACCCAUCCUGAGCAUGUCUCUGCCAUAUGUCAUGGCAGGCAGCUUCUGUGGUAUAGAAAUGCUCUUAAACAUGUUUACCUUGGUGGGUUUUUAUAACUGCUGCAAUUAACAUUGUGCAAGAAACAAGUUUAACUUUAAUUUUCUAUAUCUUUUAUAAUAAAGAUACCUUUUCAAAGAAUAUUGAAACUAAAGGGGUCUCUUUGAAUUCAAUGACGCUUUUACAGUUUAUCCUCAGCCUUUGAUCUUGUAUGGAGAGUUUGCUUUGAAAAAUUUCUUCUGGCCAAGGGCUGAGGUGAGGGAGCUUGCUGGCAUUGCAGUGACACCCAGAGGCUGAGAGUGUGGCAUGUUCUCUGUGCAGCCACUGAAGGAAGUGCGUGGUCCAGAGAGGCUUUUUGUUUUGAGAGCUUUGUCACAUGAGGCUCUGGAGAACAAAGAAAUGGUUGUCACCCCCUUCUUGCCUGAAAACUGGUCUGCAAGAUCACAUAGGAAUCUUCUAGCAGAAGUGGGCUUUGAACUCUUUUUGAGAUCCUGACUUGGCGAUUGUAUUUCCUUUUCUUGAUUCUGCCAAGAGACGGUUCAGGAAUUUUAUUCCACAGUCCGUAAGCCACAGUGAUUAACAGUGGUGAUGAUCAAAAUACAUUAACUGAUCCACUGCAGUGAUGAAGGGGUAUUUUCAAGUCUUUUUUUUGUGUACCCCUUAAAAUCCAGGGUCUGUUUAAGGUCUCUUUAAGAUCCUGUCCAGCACAAACCCCUCUAUGAUUCUGUGAUUCCCUUCUGUUCUUGCCUAGAGCUGUCCUUGAUCUGGAAAGGCUUCCAAAAAAGAGGGAACCCCUGCAGAAGAAUCAGUAGGCUCCAUCUCAAAAUGUGCAUUUUUCACUGAGCCUUGGAGCUUUUCAUCUCUCUGCCUUCUGACCUGUCAGCAGCUGUAGGUCUGCAGCGAUCUUGGCAGUGUUUUUUUGGGGUGAGCUUUAGUGGAACUUUGGUCCCUAGUUGGCUUAUCCAGUGCAGAGUCAGCCUAAGAAACACCGAGCCUUUGAGAAUGCAAGGUGAGUAUUGUGUUAGGUUAUUGUGUCCUUACUCAGGGGCAGGAAUGCACUGAUAUAUCCAGAUUUAUUUGGAUUUUGCCAGUGUCCAUCUGGUUGCCUUCCCCUCCCACAUCCUGGAUUAGUAGGCUCUGGUGUCUGAGUUUUCUCUGGAUACAACAGCUCCUAUAACACUUGUGUGUUCAACAGAUGCUUGUUGUUUAUUUUUUUUAUUGCUCUCAGAGCCUGUCUGCUCCAGCUCCCCAGCUCCAGGCAGCCAGGUGACUCCUGCUGAGCAUGAAGGGCUGUGUGCUUCCUUGCAUGCUGGGAGAAGUCAACUUCAAGCCAGAGCAAUAAACGAGCUCGUUUUGGGGGUGAGAGGGAGUGGCAGGAGAAGAGGGUUGUGUAAAACUUCCCUGCCUGCUUCAGAACUAGAUCUUCACAAAGCUGCCUCAUCAGAGAAAGCAUCAGUUCCAACUUUUCCAUCUUAUCUGGUGUAACAGCAAUUAUCUAAUAUGCUCCAAAUGAACCUGGAUUUGAUUUUUUUUUUAUCCCGAAUGCUGAGGGUGAGGGGAAAAGCUAUAUGCAGGAAGCAAAGAAGCACAGGUAGAGAACUGUAGGAGGAAGCUGCUGUUUGCUUAGCCAGGAAUGUAAUGAGUUGAAGAUAAGUCAUUUAAAAAUGUGUUUGCAGUGUUCCUGAAUGUAGUAUUGGAAAAGGGUGAUGCUGAUCACCCUGCAUCCACUGGUGUGCUGUGUUGAGCUUCCAAAAACUGUCUUCUCAAAACCAGCUCCACUGCUGCUCACUGCUGGAAGAGCCAGCCUCAGGUGUAUGGACUGAGGGAUUUCUGGUGCUGAGAAUACUGCAGAAAAGUCACUGUCUGCCAUUCUUCAAAAAAGUAAACCUUCACCUUGGGAAAUGGAAAGAGACUGCAGCUGGAGUUGGUGGGUUUCCCCACCAACUGUGGCUGUUCUCGGGCUGGUGCCUGAGGAGUGCUGCUUCUUCCAAGACUGCAGUGACAAAGUGUUUUCCUCCUUGCUGAGCAGUUGCUUAAGGCAGUUGUCAGGUGAGUGUUUUCUGAAUGUGGGAAAUAAGGAUAUUCCCUGAUACAAGGGCCACACUGGCUCCCAAUGUCUGGGGACAGGAUUGCAGGCAGCAGGAACUCAGUCUCUCCUCCCAUACAGUUCCUGUUCAGCCCCACUUAUGCUAAAUGGUCCAGAAGCAAAGGAAUGACUCGAUGUAGUUUUGCACACAGCAUCUACUACAAUCUAGAUUUAGUUGACUUGUGCUCUCUUAGCAGCUUGGCUGGAUAACAGGUGUCACAGAAGAACUGACAAAAAUUACAAAAUACUUGUCCAGAGAAGGUGUGGCUGCCCCAUCCUAGGGAGUGUCCAAGGCCAGGUUGGACAGGGCUUGGAGCAACCUGAGAUAGUGGAAGGUGUCCCUGCCCAUGACAGGAGGUAGCACAGGAGGAGCUUUAAGGUCUUACCUUCCCUCUGCCCUCAUGCUGUGAGCAGCACCACAGUGCUCUCCUGGCCAAAGUGAUGGCCGGUCAUGCCCCAGACCCUCAGACUCCAGGUUCUCCAAAAAAAACAAGUUCAGGUUUAACAUUCCAACAGAAGACUGGGAAAUCCCUCUUCUAACCAGAAAAAGUGCUUAAGGAAACUCCCUAAGCAUUUACACAGGGAUCCCAGUACAUGUAAUUCUGCAUGAAAACAGUGCCAUUAGUUCUGUAUUUUAACAAUCUUCUAAUCCCAUGUGCUUGCUAAAGAGCAAAUGCUGUUUGAAGCUUUCAGUUGUACAAA